AUGCCUGUCAAAGUUCACGAAGAAAAAGUUAUCUUAGAACACCCCUCUGGUUCCUCUACUGAAGUUUACUUUUAUGGAGCCACGGUAACAAGUUGGAAGUAUCGAGAGAAAGAACGUUUGUUCUUGAGCAAGGAUUCGAUUCUCGAUGGAACGAAAGCUAUACGUGGAGGAAUUCCUAUAGUUUUUCCCCAAUUCGCCAAGGCGUCGGAUCCAUCCGCCGAAACCGCCGCGCUUCCGCAGCAUGGUAUUGCUCGUGUUUCUAAAUGGGAAUGGCUAGGCAUUUCGGUUGACAAUGAUUCUCAGAUUUCCGUUAGAUUUGGACUUACGGAUACCCAAGUACCGGAAAAUCUCCGCCAAAAGUGGUCCAAGAAAUUCAAACUUACUUAUACGGUUACUUUAACUGAGGAUACCUUGAGUAAUACCCUUGCAGUUAAAAAUGAAGAUGCUGGAUCAUUUGAUUUUAAUACGCUUUUGCAUACUUAUUAUCUCGUUCCGGACAUUUCCAAGGUUUCAAUCAAGGGACUCUCCAAUAUUACAUACAUUGAUAAAGUCGAAAACUUUACUAUGGUUCUGGAUACCAAUGAUUCGAUAAAAAUAGAUCGAGAAGUAGAUCGAAUCUAUCCCAAUGUUUCUCAGGAUGAGAUUUAUAUCGAUUUAGGAUACGGUGCUUCCGGGAAUUUCAUCCUGAAAAAGAUUAAUUUGAAAGAUACAGUCGUUUGGAAUCCAUGGGUUGAUCGAGCACGCAAAUUGUCCGAUUUUGGAGAUGAAGAGUAUAAACAAAUGGUUUGCGUAGAACCGGGAACCGUUUCAUACAUAACCUUGAAUGCUGGUGAGACUUGGGAAGGUGGACAAAUAUUGAGUAUUACUCC